CUCCCCCCUUGGCCGGCUCGGCUCCUCUGCGCUGCCUGGGGUCCUUCCCUCCCGGUCCCCGCCUGCCAGCCCCCGCUGUGCUGCGCCCUGCCCGGCCAGGCCUGGAGCCGACACCACCGCCAUCAUGCCGGCCGUGUCCAAGGGCGAUGGGAUGCGGGGGCUCGCCGUGUUCAUCUCCGACAUCCGGAACUGUAAGAGCAAGGAGGCGGAGAUUAAGAGAAUCAACAAGGAACUGGCCAACAUCCGCUCCAAGUUCAAGGGGGACAAAGCCUUGGACGGCUACAGCAAGAAAAAGUAUGUGUGUAAACUGCUCUUCAUUUUCCUGCUCGGCCACGACAUCGACUUUGGGCACAUGGAGGCCGUGAACCUGCUGAGCUCCAACAAGUACACGGAGAAGCAGAUAGUGAGUCUGGUUAAAGAGGGAAGUGGCAAACCACUGGAGAAGGGAGGCACUUCCGGGAAAGGAGGGUGA